AUGGCGGAAGGGACAGCCGUGCGGAUGGACCGUCUCUCCCACAUUGAUGCUUGUUUCGCCGAAAUCAUGGCGGACCGCGGCGUGGAUUUGUCCGCCCUGCCAAAGGAGGUUAGAGACCAGUUGGCGGAGUUGGAUCUGGAGCUGUCUGAAGGUCUGUCUCCUUCUCUCAGUAGGGGGGACCUGGGCCUCCUUGUCACUUGUCAGUGUGGAGGAGGUGUCAGGGGAUUGAGUGUGGUGUUGCUGUUCUCUCUCCUAGGUGACAUCACGCAGAAGGGCUAUGAGAAGAAGAGAGCCAAGCUUCUGGCCUCCUACAUCCCCCAUUUGCCAAAUGUGGAUCUUUCUCUGCCAGAUGUACAGCUUUCCCCAAGCCACAGUGCCGACCCGAGCCCGAGUCCUGAGGCCCCGGGCCCCUCCACCUCUUCAGCCUCCAGACACCAUCGUGCACACCGCAGUGGAGGGGCCAGAGACGAGCGCUACAGAUCAGACAUCCACACAGAAGCUGUGCAGGCAGCUCUGGCCAAACACAAAGAAGAGAAGAUGGCACUCCCCAUGCCAACCAAGAGACGCUCAGCCUUUGUUCAGUCUCCUUUAGACACCUGCACACCUCCAGACACAUCCUCUGCAUCAGAGGAUGAAGGCUCCCUCCGCAGAAAGGCUGCACUCAGCGCGGUGCUGGCCCAGAGCCUCCAGAGCCCCGAUUACUGGAUCAAUCGCUCCGUCCAAAGCUCUUCCACGUCCUCAUCUGCUUCCUCAACCCUCUCCCAUGGAGAGCCUAAGACUCAGCCCCAGCCUCCACCUGCUGCUUCUGUGUUAGCUGAUGUACUGGCUCACACUCGCAUAGAAAACAGUGUCCCCCCGGAUGUGACCUCUUCCACUCCACAGGAAAGAGGGUCCAGGGUGGAUCUGCCCCCAGCAGUCAGAGGCAUGAGCCGUGGACAGAGCCGCUCCAGCAUGCUGGAUACUGCUGACGGCGUGCCUGUCAGCAGCAGAGUGUCCACUAAGAUCCAGCAGCUGUUGAACACACUCAAACGGCCCAAAAGACCUCCGCUCAGCGAAUUCUUCCUCGAUGACUCAGAGGAGAUCGUAGAAGUUCCCCAACCCGAUCCUAACACCCCAAAACCUGAGGGGCGUCAGAUCAUCCCAGUGAAGGGGGAGCCUCUUGGAGUGGUCAGUAACUGGCCUCCUGCUCUGCAGGCCGCCCUCGCUCGCUGGGGGGCCACCCAGGCCAAGAGUCCUGCCCUCACAGUGCUGGACAUCACUGGCAAACCCCUCUACACCCUCACAUAUGGCAAACUGUGGAGUCGCAGUCUGAAGCUAGCCUACACAUUGCUGAAUAAAUUAGGCACCAAGACUGAGCCCGUCCUACAACCUGGGGAUCGAGUGGCGUUGGUGUAUCCAAACACUGACCCUGGCAUGUUCUGGGUGGCUUUCUAUGGCUGUCUGUUAGCUGAGGUCAUCCCUGUGCCUAUUGAAGUACCCCUGUCACGACAGGAUGCAGGUAGUCAGCAGAUUGGCUUUCUGUUGGGCAGCUGUGGUGUGAGUUUGGCAUUGACCAGUGAGGUGUGCCUAAAAGGCCUGCCAAAGACUCCCAACGGAGAGAUCAUUCAGUUCAAAGGAUGGCCAAGGAUGAAAUGGGUAGUGACGGACACCAAGUACCUGACCAAGCCAUCUAAAGACUGGCAGCCUCACAUCCCCACUGCCAACACAGAUACUGCCUACAUAGAGUACAAAGCCAGUAAGGAGGGAACAGUGAUGGGAGUUGCUGUAUCCAAGAUCUCUAUGCUUACCCACUGUCAGGCCCUGACUCAAGCCUGUAACUACUGUGAAGGAGAAACACUGGUCAAUGUGUUGGACUGCAAGAAGGAUAUGGGCAUGUGGCACGGCGUCCUAACGAGCGUCAUGAACAGAAUCCACACCAUCACUGUCCCAUACGCUGUCAUGAAAGCCUGUCCCAUGUCCUGGGUGCAGAGGGUACAUAUUCACAAAGCACGUGUUGCCUUGGUUAAGUGUCGUGACCUUCAUUGGGCAAUGAUGGCCAACAAAGAACAGAAGGACACCAACUUGUCCUCUAUACGAAUGCUAAUAGUGGCUGAUGGAGCUAACCCAUGGUCUGUGUCUUCAUGUGAUGCCUUCCUGAAUGUGUUCCAGUCUCAUGGUUUAAAGCCUGAGGUCAUUUGUCCAUGUGCUACUUCUCCCGAGGCUCUGACUGUGGCCGUACGCAGGCCUGGUGCACGAGGCGCUCCACUCCCAGCUAGGGCCAUCCUGUCCAUGGGCGGGCUUAGCCACGGGGUGAUCAGGGUCAACACAGAAGACAAGAACUCUGCGCUCACAGUACAGGAUGUCGGCCACAUCAUGCCUGGAGCUCUUAUGUGCAUUGUAAAACCAGACGGGCCUCCGCAGCUGUGCAAGACAGACGAGAUCGGAGAGAUUGUCAUCAACUCUCGGGCUGGAGGCACCAUGUACUACGGUCUUCCUGGUGUUACCAAGAACACAUUUGAGGUGAUCCCUGUCAACCAAGCUGGAGCACCCAUUGGAGAAAUUCCAUUCUCUAGGACUGGUUUGCUUGGAUUUGUGGGACCAGGGAGCCUUGUGUUUGUUGUGGGGAAGAUUGAGGGACUCCUGAUGGUGAGCGGGCGACGCCAUAACGCUGACGACCUGGUGGCCACCGCGUUAGCAGUGGAGCCUGUCAAAACAGUUUACAGAGGAAGGAUCGCUGUGUUCUCUGUGACAGUGUUUUUUGAUGAGAGGAUAGUCAUUGUGGCAGAACAGAGGCCCGAUGCCAAUGAGGAAGACAGCUUCCAGUGGAUGAGUCGAGUUCUUCAGGCCAUUGACAGUAUCCACCAGGUUGGCCUUUACUGCCUCGCUCUUGUCCCGGCCAACACACUCCCAAAGACGCCACUUGGAGGCAUCCACAUUUACGAAACCAAGCAGAGCUUUUUGGACGGAAACCUGCACCCCUGCAAUAUUCUCAUGUGCCCACACACGUGUGUCACAAAUAUGCCCAAGCCUCGUCAGAAACAGCCAGUGGAUGUUGGUCCGGCCUCUAUGCUGGUCGGCAACUUGGUGGCAGGGAAGCGGAUUGCCCAGGCCACGGGCAGAGAGCUGGGUGUGGUGGAGGACCAGGACCUCAUUCGAAAGCAUCAGUUCUUGUCAGAGUCUCUGCAGUGGAGAGCCCAAACAGACCCUGACCACGUUCUGUACGUGCUUCUCAAUGCAAAGGGGGCAGCAGUGUGCACAGCCACUUGUGGACAGCUACACAAGAGAGCGGAGAAAAUCACGGCCACUCUGAUGGAGAGAGGCAGUCUUAACACAGGAGAUAACGUGGUGCUGCUUUAUCCCCCUGGAAUUGACUUGAUAGCUGCCUUUUAUGGCUGUCUCUAUGCUGGUGUCAUCCCUGUGACUGUGAGGCCGCCCCAUCCUCAGAACCUGGCUGCCACUCUGCCCACUGUCCGCAUGAUCAUCGACGUGAGCAAAGCAGCCUGCAUCCUGACCACUCAGCCCCUCAUGAGGAUCCUCCGGUCCAGGGAGGCUGCUGCCAGUGUCAAUGUUAAAACAUGGCCAACCAUCAUUGACACAGAUGAUCUUCCCAGAAAGCGUCCUCCACACAUCUAUAAACCCCCUACAGCUGAGAUGCUGGCCUACCUGGACUUCAGUGUGUCCACCACAGGCAUGUUAACUGGCGUAAAGAUGUCCCAUGCGGCCGUCAGCACUCUUUGCCGCUCCAUUAAGCUGCAGUGUGAGCUUUACUCCUCACGCCAAAUAGCCAUCUGCCUGGACCCGUACUGUGGCCUGGGCUUCGUCCUGUGGUGCCUCUCUAGUGUCUACUCAGGCCACCAGUCCAUCCUAAUACCUCCCCUGGAGCUGGAGAGCUCCCUGCCCCUGUGGCUGAGCACCCUCAGUCAGUACAAGAUCAGAGACACGUUCUGCUCUUACUCUGUCAUGGAGCUCUGCACCAAAGGCCUGGGCACCCAGACUGAGAUGCUGAAGGCGCGGGGUCUGAAUCUGUCAUGCGUGCGGAGCUGUGUGGUGAUCGCAGAGGAGCGGCCUCGCCUCACUCUCACUCAGUCCUUCUCAAAGCUCUUCAAAGACCUCGGCCUGUCUCCGCGAGCUGUGAGCACCGCCUUCGGCUCCAGGGUCAACUUGGCCAUCUGCCUGCAGGGCACUGCUGGACCAGACCCCUCCACUGUCUAUGUUGACAUGAAGUCCCUGCGUCAUGACAGGGUAAGGCUAGUGGAAAGAGGCGCACCACAGAGUCUUCCGCUUAUGGAGUCAGGCACGAUUCUUCCAGGAGUGAGAGUCAUCAUUGUCAAUCCAGAGACAAGAGGCCCACUGGGAGAUUCACAUCUUGGGGAGAUCUGGGUAACCUCUGCUCACAGUGCCAGUGGCUACUACACCAUUUAUGGGGAGGAGAGCCUACAGGCAGAUCACUUCAACACCAGACUGAGCUUUGGGGAGCCCCAAACUCUGUGGGCCAGGACAGGUUACCUGGGCUUCAUUAAAAGGACCGAGCUGCUGGAUGCAAGUGGAGAUCGCCAUGAUGCCUUGUUUGUGGUGGGCUCUCUCGAUGAAACAUUGGAGUUGAGGGGGCUGCGUUAUCACCCCAUCGACAUUGAGACGUCUGUGUCCCGAGCCCAUCGCAGCAUUGCAGAGAGUGCCGUGUUUACAUGGACCAACCUGCUGGUGGUGGUGGCAGAGCUCAGCGGCUCGGAGCAGGAGGCCCUGGACCUGGUGCCGCUCGUCACCAAUGUGGUCCUGGAGGAACACCACCUCAUCGUGGGGGUGGUGGUCAUCGUAGACCCUGGGGUGAUCCCCAUCAACUCCAGGGGGGAGAAGCAGAGGAUGCAUCUGCGGGACUCCUUCUUGGCAGACCAACUGGACCCCAUCUAUGUGGCCUACAACAUGUGAAUGACUUUCAGACACUGAUGCCUAAACUGAGCCAGGCUCUGAGAACAGACACGAGGGACAAAGACGCUGGGGGUGUGAACAGCAACCCCGAUGUUAAGUCUCAGACACACAUUAAAAGACCAAACAAUGUGGGAACGCAAGGAUAGUACAAGCACUGUAACAACAAACGCUUUUGUCUGAAGCAGGUCUUUCUGAGCUCCUGCCUGCUUGAUCGCAGCGGUCCGGGAUCACCAAGGUUACAGGGGACGACAGCUUCUCUCCCCUUGAGAGGAAACGCGUCUGUCAACUGGAAGAAAUCUGAUCUUUAUCCACUGUUAGCACCACAAUCCACUUCAGCAGUCCAAUUUCUGUUUUAAGACAUUUUAAUUCUAUAGUUUACCUGAAGAAAAAAAAAAGCUUUUCUUUGUUUGCUUUUAGGCCUGAACCGUACAUCUUUGUGUCUUUUUAAAAACUUUUUCAAAAAUUCUUCGGACCCCUCUUGAAGGCAGAGUGGCACUCCAGAACUUCCUCCUUCCCUUGCACUUUAUGUCCUCUCAUGUCCGCCUCCUCCGCCUGUGUCACCUGCCUCAGAAGGAGACCUUCCCCAUCUGCCCUUACCCCGUCAGUAUCCACAUCAGUAUUAAAGUGCCACCAGUGAGUCCGGCCAAAGAAGCUGUCGUGACUCACCACCUUAGUCACAAGACGCACAGUGGCUCUCACCCCCAGCCACACACUGUUCUUUCACUUGUUACAAAACAUCCUACGAUACACUUGAAUUACUGGGAAAAGCAAACAUACAAACGUGGAUCAUAAAGGUGAAAACAGAGUCUUCAUUUUCAGUGUGAGUAGGACUCGCUGAGUUAGGUAGAUCGUAUGAUUGCGAUAGUACUAAUAAUUUUUAAUCUAAGAGCACCAAGCAGAAUUUGAAGCUAUGCCCGGCGUUUAGGUGUGCAUGCUAACUGGGAGUGCAGCUGAUGCCUCCAUGCAGGUUAAAGAGAAAGGAAAAAAAAAAUCCUAAUAAGCCCAGGGGUCCCGGCAGUGGAUUGGUUGGCUUUGAAUAUUCUGGGAGUUUAGUCCCAGUUUGUGCCUCAUAAUAAUCACAGCACAGAAAUAAAUGUGUGGUCGCUGAUUGUGCAGAGAUUGUCUAACCAUGCAGUGUAACAGACACAUCACACGGAUGUUACGUUGGGUCUUCUUCAUUCCAGUUACAAAUGGCCACAUCGGAGUAUCUCGUUUCGUCCCUGGCUUUGAGCCUGUCUCAACCUGAUUUCCUGUGUUGCACAGAGCGAGCUGUGGGAAACAGUGAGAGCAUCAGUGAGUCUACUUAAAGAGUUUUGAGUAAUUCCAGCAACCACAACGACUUGAGCGAGCUCAGAUCUAUUCGAAUCCCUUUAAUAGCAGUUUUUUGGUAGUCAUUACAUUUCCUUUCAGGCGA